UAAUGGGAAGAUGAUAUAUACAUAUAUAUAUAUAAAUAAAAGAAAGUUGAAUAUGGGUCCUUAACCUCAGCAUUUUCUAAAUACAUAUCAUCUAAAUGAAAUUACUAGAGUUUUGAAAUGCCUUUAUAUCGAAAAGCUUAUUCUUGUGACAUCAAUAACUGGAGGUUAAUUUUUAAUUUUGUAUUUCAAUUUUUUUGUAUGUUAAUUUUGUUAACAUGUUUAUGUAUAGACAAGAAUGAUGUCUUUUGUUAUUAUUAUUAUUAUUAUUUCUUUGAAUUUUUUGAACAUUUUAAAUUUGUUAUUGCUUUUUUGCUUAAUACUAAUGCUUUUAUUUUCUAAUUUUUUUAUGAUUGCAUCUCACGUACGGUCAUCUUUGCCAUACAAACAUCGUCCAUGGCUGAUUUUACUCACGCCCCGCCUCACCUAAUAUCUUCUUUUCUUUUCUUUCUCCUAAUAGUUGGGCUGGGGGAAGUUGGUGUCCCAUUCUCAACUCUCAACCUACGGCCUACUACAGCAAUAGAUAAAAGUAAUUCUGUGUUUGUUGUGAAGAAGUAGAGACGGCUCUGGCCAUGUAUGGUAAAUUAGGAAGAAGGCAACAUCUGCAAGGCCAAGGCCAAGGCCAUGGCCUUGGCCGCAGCAAUCGCGCCUCUCUUUUUAGAUUUUCUUCUUCCUACAAAAGCCUUGUUCGCUUCACCCUUAUUCUUCUUGCUUUCAUCGCCCUUUUGCCUCCCAUUUUCUUCCACUUCAGGCUCCGCCGUUUCCAUCAGAUGCAAUUAAGGAGGUGUGGUUGGCUGAACAAUCCUCCCCUUGUGUGUGCUCAUGGUGGUGACUCAACUAAUGCCUUCCCAAACACAAUGUCUGCAUAUCAGUUUGCUCUUCGUUCUCAAGUAGACUGCAUUGAGAUUGAUGUCUCUCGCUCUUCAGAUGGAGUUUUGUUUGCACUUCAUGACAGGGAUUUGCAGCGGAUAUCUGGUAACAGCACUUCUAAAGUUGGGCACUUAAGAUCAAAAGAGAUAAAAGAACUAGAUGUCUCUCAUCAGUCUGGUAAUUCAAAGAUUCCUACUAUUGAAGAUGCUUUGAUGGUUCAUCUGGAUGUUAAGUUGAUAUCAAGAUCAGUUCAGCAGGUGAUUCUAGAUGCCAAGGUGGAGCCUCCAUCAUAUGAAAAGGGGCUUGCAAAGGAUAUUCUUUCUGCUGUUGAGAAGAUGCAGUGUAAGAAUUGUAUCAUUUGGGCUAAAAGUGAUAGUUUAGCAAGGGACAUAAUCAAACUCUCAUCGGAUGCUAAGGUGGGCUACAUUGUCAUGGUGGAUCCCAGUACCGGGGCUAGAACCAACUUGUUGAGAAUGAAAGGGGCCAGGGUGGUUGGUGUAUACCAUCCAUUGAUUGAUGAAAGACUUGUUAAAAUUCUGCAUGGGAGAGAGAAGAAGGUAUAUGCCUGGACAGUUGAUGAUGCUGAUUCGAUGAUGAGGAUGUUGCAUGAGCGUGCAGAUGCUAUUGUUACUAGCAACCCCUCUUUACUUCAACGUACUAUGCAAGAUACAAGAACACAAUGUCUUGAAGAAGGUUUUUCUUUAACACGAUGACCAUUCUUUUGUUUUCAGUAUUUUAUUUGAUAUACGAAACAGUUGGAUCGAGCUUUAAAAGAAAUGUUUUGAUGAUGGGAAGACAUAUCUGUACAUGCCCUAAACUAAUCAUUCUUGGUUUUAUUGGUUUCAACUCUCUUACCUGUUUUGAGGGUCCAUCUAUGUACUUUAUGAUUGGCAUGAGAUUGUUGAAUGAAUACAAUUUGAGGUUGAUCUGUA